GCAGUAAAAGAAUUUCUGUCUGAUAUCGAAAUACAGUUGAUUAAUAACAAAAAUACGUUAUUCACCAUAAAAAGAUUCCUCGCAGCAACCAACUCCAAUGAACCCGAAAUGAACAAACGACUAAAAUCUUUUGAAGAAUUUAUGAAAGCAGCCCAAUCGAAUAAUCCCCAUGGACAAUAUCUUCUCGGGUAUUGCUAUGGCGAAGGAAUCGGUGUAUUUGAAGACAAAAAAUCUGCAGUUUAUUGGAAACAACAAGCGGCAAAACAACGGGUCCCAUCUGCUUGCUAUUAUUUAGCCUGCCAUUAUCACUGUGGACGUGGUAUUAAAAAAAAUGCAUUAAACUAUUAUUGUCUUUUGCAAAAGGCAGCGGAACGUGGACAUCUUCGUGCUACAUUAGAGCUUGCUAAUGCAUAUAAUCGAGGCUUUGGCACUUCAAAGGAUAAACAUAAGUCCAUGUAUUGGCUGAGUAAAGUAGCAGAUGGUUUUGUAGCUAGCGCAUUUUUAAAAGCUAACAUUCCGAAUAGUGAAUGUUUCGAUAUUGCAGAAUUGCCGGUUCAACAUCCCGACAACCAUAAUCCUGACACACCAUAUCUCGACAAACAACAUCCUGAUGUUCGAAAUCUUAAAAGCCCAAUAUCUUCUAUUGGUUCGGGAGGUAGAAAUAAUUUUCGGGAUGUUGAGUUUUCGGGAAAUUGUGAUUCGAGAGAUAUGAUCUCUCUGUCGAAACGGACUCCUCCAGAAAGCUUGCCGCAGUUAGAAUUCCUAGUUGCAACGUGCGUAGAGCAUUUUGAAACAACCCACAAACAGGAUAAUAAUCCGCGCAAAGAGUUGUUAUUCCAAAAUAACACUGAAACUCUAACCGGUUCUUGA